AUGUUACCCGCAGUUGUUGUUGACUCGACGCGUGCCUUUGCCUAUCAAUGGAUUAUUUGGCGCAUCUUUGGCCUGCAUCCACCCGAGGGGAAUACGUUUUGGGCCCAACACUAUCAGGCCUAUGGCAUUAUCAUCAAUUUAAUUGCGAACGUGCAUGUGCCAAUGUCCUUCUACAUUGAGUGCUUGUUGAGCAGCAAUCUAACCGAAUUCUGUGAGACUUUCUAUUUGACUUCUGUGGUUCUCGUUGAACAAGUCAAGUAUUUCAAUGUUUGGCGCAUACGCGGCCAGUUGAAGCAAUUCCAUCAGAUACUCCAUCACCUGGAUGCCCGGUUGCAGCAUCAAAGCGAGCGCGACAUUGUCGAGCAGCAUAUUGAACUGGUGACACGCAUUUUUCUGGGUCUUUUUCGAUGGUUUGUCAUCAUUCUUACCUCGUCCAUGCUGUUUGUGGCCUGCACAGCCGAGCAGGAGUUGGCGUUUCCCACUUGGUAUCCCUGGGAUUGGCAGCGUUCGAAUCGUGUGUAUUUGUUCACCGUCAUCUGGCAAACGUUAAGCCUCUAUUCGUUGGCUCUGAUGACGCUCAGCAAUGACACCUAUCCCAUGUCCUAUAUGACUAUGGUGGCGGGACACUAUCGAGCUUUGGCUCAACGCGUUUCGAUGAUCGGACAUGGUCGAGAGUCGCAGUCGCUGGCCUAUGAGCAACUCAUUGAUUGCAUUCGAGAUCAUCAGAUUAUUUUAUUAUUGGUUUCCAUCAUACAGGAUACAAUGUCGUCUGUGUUCUUCUAUCAAUUUGCCUGCACAGCUUGUUCGAUUUGCACCUUUGCCUUUUACAUUUUCUUCGUUAAAGUUAGCUUCUCGAAGUUGCUCCAUUUGUUUUUCAUGUUCGUGGCCAUUGUCUUUGAGACAUUCAUCAUCUGCUACGCCACCGAAGAUAUCGGUCUUGGUGCUGAGCAACUUUAUCAUGCCAUCUACGCUUGCAAUUGGCUGGAUCAGUCCAUCGAGUUUCGGCGCACUUUGCUCUUAAUGCUCAAUCGUGCACAGCGUUCAGUUAUCAUUGUGGCUGCCCAUUCGAUGCCUGUGCGUAUGACAACCUUUUUUGGCGUUUUCGAGUCGUAA